AAAAAUAUCUAACAGGAUUCAUAGCUAUAUAAUAAUAACAUUCUUUUGCAUCAGUCUCUUGUAAGAAUUGAAAUAUGUAUUUCUUCUUCAACGCUCAACAAUCCAUAAUGCUUAAUGCAAUCAAGGCCGGUCCUAACACGAUCGGGUUAUAAACUCUUUAGGGUCAGGUUACGAGUUGGAUCUAAUGGAUAUCUCUAAUCAUUGCCUAACAAGUAUUUUGAAAUGGAGAAUAAGCAAAAAGGAGAAAGAGAGGGCAUAAAAUGAAUGAUAAAAAGCACUAAGAAGACAGUUAAAAAGAGAGAGUGUUGUUGUAGUCCCCCGCUCAAAAGCGGCGCAAUUAGUUUAUUGAAAAAAGUGCAUCAUCACUGUAAAGCCAAUCUUUCUCUCUCUCUUUUUUUUUUUUUUUUCUCUUGCUUCUUCAGGCAGAUCAAGAAAGAACUCUUUUGUGAACUUCUUCUUCCCCACAUCUCCUAAAAGCUUCACACACACCAAACCAAACCUUUCUUUUCUUAUCUACCCAAUUAUCACAUCUUUUUUUCUCCUACUCCUUUUACAUUUUUGAUCUGAUCAUGGUGAAGGAAACAGUGUACUAUGAUGUUCUUGGUGUCACUCCCUCUGCUUCUGAGGAAGAGAUUCGCAAGGCUUAUUACAUCAAGGCAAGACAAGUUCAUCCUGAUAAGAAUCAAGGUGAUCCUCUAGCUGCUGAAAAGUUUCAGGUUCUUGGUGAAGCUUACCAGGUUCUAAGUGAUCCUGUUCAUCGUGAAGCGUAUGAUCGGACUGGAAAAUUCUCAGCUCCCAAAGAAACGAUGGUUGAUCCAACGGCUGUUUUCGCUCUUCUUUUCGGAAGUGAACUAUUCAAAGAUUAUAUCGGUCACUUAGCUGUUGCAUCAAUGGCGUCCACUCAAAUGGCUUCUGAAAUCGAAACCCCUGAUCAUUUUCAAGACAAACUAAAGGCUGUUCAGAAAGAAAGAGAAGAAAACCUCGCAAGGUUUCUCAAAGAUUUACUGAGUCAAUACGUCCAUGGAGACAAAGAAGGAUUCAUAAGCCGCGCAAAAUCUGAAGCCAAGAGACUAUCAGAUGCAGCUUUUGGAGCGGAUAUGUUGCAUACAAUUGGAUAUGUAUAUACAAGACAAGCAGCUCAAGAACUUGGGAAAAGAGCUCUUUACUUAGGAGUUCCAUUUGUAGCUGAAUGGGUUAGGAACAAAGGUCAUUCUUGGAAAUCACAGAUCAGUGCAGCUAAAGGAGCUUUUCAGUUACUUCAGCUGCAAGAAGAGAGUAACCGGAGAUUAAAGAAAGAUGGGGCUAGUCCAGCGAAUGAGUUAGAGUCUCAUAUUCAGACCAACAAAGAAACACUGAUGGGAUCUUUGUGGAAACUUAAUGUUGUCGACAUUGAAGUGACUUUGUUACAUGUGUGUCAGAUGGUCUUGCGCGAAAACAACUUGAGAAAGGAGGAGCUCAAAUCUAGAGCAAUGGCUCUCAAGAUUCUUGGGAAGAUUUUCCAGCAAGAAAAGCAAUCGAGGAACGGUACAACAUCAAGAAAAGAAGAUGAAGACAGCGACGAUGAUGACAGUAGCAGUGAUGACGAUUCUUCACAACCACUUUCAUACAGAACUCCUCUGCUCACUCAGGGGAUUGGUAGACUCUUCAGAUGUCUCUGCAAUCCAGCAUUUGAUGUAGACGAUGAUGAAAUUGUAUACAAAGGCAAAUGAUCAAUACCACACUCACAUUGCAAUUGAUGGGUCUCACAUGUGAAUGUGAUGCAGCUUCUUAAGUUAUUAAUUCUUUAUAAAUAUUUGUAAUGAUGAUAAUUGAUGGAUCAAACUUAACAAGUUGCUAAAAUAAGUUUUUUUCUUUUUCAAAAAGAAGAAAAACUCCACUA